AUGCGUUUCAGCCUCGCCGCCCUCGGGCUAUUCUGCGCCGCCGCGUCGGCAACUACAGAGGCCACCGGAGACUUUGACUCCAUCUUCAAGCCCGAAAAGGACCAGAUUGUCAAGGCCGGCAGCACGGUCGACGUUGCGUGGAGCAUCAAGAACAAGGAUCUGUACGGAGACGUCAAGGUCGACAUCCAGGUGUACGCCGGCAAGGACGACAAAUCGCUUGUCCUGAAAGACACCGUCGCAACCAAGAUUGACAACUCGGACCUCAAGUACAAGUGGAACGUGGACUCGGCGCUCGGCUCCGAGAAGACGUACGGCCUCCGGAUCCAGCUCAGCUCGAACGAGACUGUGUACCAGUGGUCCAACCAUUUUACCAUUAAGAAUGAGGGAGGCAGCGGCGGCAGCACCACCGGGUCGUCGACGGCUUCCAGCACAGAGUCUGCCACCAGCAGUUCCUCCAGCACCAAGACGAUGACGAGCGCGGCGACUACUUCCGCCAGCACGAGCACGUCCAAGAGCGAGCACACAACGACUGCGCCUAGCUCCGCGUCGGCUACUAGCGCCACGACGCCGACGACCAACGGCACGACUACGGCUGUGAGCACCGUCACGAAGAGCCCGACCCCCAGCCAGGGUGCCGCUGCCGGGUUGACGGCCCGUGCAGGCGUGGCGGGUGCUGUUGUUGGAUGUGUGGCGUUGAUGGCUUUUUAA